CUAAACAUCUCUACAGAGUGAAUACCUGCCGUAUGAAUAAUGGCAAACCGGGACAGUACUACCCAUGCUGAUGUAGAGGGUAUUGGAGAACCUCCGAAAAGAAAGUUUAGAGUGUUAAAGAAAAAGAAUCUCCCCGCGAAAACAACGCCUUGGAAAGAUAUCCAAGAAUUUCUGCCUGUUGAUUUUCUCCUGUUAACAGUAAAGGACUGUGAACACCUAAGUUGCCUCUCAUUUCUCAAAAGCAUCGUGAGGAGUUACGAAAUUACUCUUGGCUUUGUGUACUUCGGGUAUAGUCGCAACAAAGAUUCUUCGAAAGAGCCGAAUUCGCCCAAAUUUGCAGUGAUUCAAUGCUCAAUGGGUGCCACCGGUCCUGGUGGCUCAUUAGUUGUAGUCCAGAGUGCAGUUCCAGUCUUAAGGCCCAAAGCAGUCAUCUGUGUGGGUUACUGUGGUAGCUUGUGCAAGACGAAAGCCAAGCUUGGUGAUGUGGUUAUAUCUUCAAAGUUGAUAACCUACGCUUACACCAAAAAAAGGAAGUGUGGGAUCGAAGAACGCGGCAGUGUUGUUCCUCCAAAUAAGUAUAUGGCUGGCCUUAUCAAGGGCGCCGGUGCCGGAUGGAAAGCACCUUUAAAAAACGAAAAAGAUCUGGAAGUGGCAGUACGCAGUGAUGGCGUAUUUCUCAGUGGCCCUGAGGUGAUUGAUGACCCAAAAAGUCAAAAAGAAUUGAAGAUGCGAUUUCCUCAAGGAACUGCCAUCGAGAUGGAAGGCGAAGGUCUUUACACAGCCGCUCAUAAACAUGGAAUUGAAUGGCUAGUUAUCAAAGGAGUUUCAGACUUCGCUGACGGUAGCAAAUCUAGCACUGAUUCUUGGAGGCCAUUCGCAAGUGUAAUGGCAGCCUCAGUUGUUUUUCAUAUGCUAAAUGACACUUAUGUGUUUGAGGACUGGGCUCACUAUGAAGAUCCAUCAAAGCGAAAGAGACGGUCGUCAACUACUGAUGAUGAUACGAGAGCAAAGGUGACCAGAGUCACGGUUAAAGCUGGCGGACCAUCAGAUGAGGAGUUAGAAGAGCUUUCUCUGGAAAUUCCUGUAAAAUGGAAGAAAUUAGGAGGACGCCUAGGAUUUAAAAAUGCCGAAAUAACUGCAUUUCAUAUAAAUAAUGAAGAGUUAGGCGAGAAGGCUUAUUCUAUGUUACUGGCUUGGAAACGAAAGGAAGCCUCAGAUGCCACUUACAGAGUUUUGUACGAUGCCUUGUGUCACAAACUAGUACAAUGUAAAUCUCUUGCACAACGGUUUUGCUGCGAAUGAGAUUGUAGAAGUUGUUUCUCUCUAGUCAUCCUCUUUAAAAGAUUGAUCAAUUUCUUCAUAACUUCAUUUUUGUUUGAGUACUUCAUAGAAAUAAACAUUUUAUCGACAUUUAAUUUUAUCAAUCCUCGAAAAAGAGAGUGGAACAACUGUUGUUUUGUAAUAAACCUUAGCUAUUGUGUUU